CAGCGCACAGACGAGCUGCAGCUGCGGGCGUGGAUGAGCCGGGCGCAUCGGGACCCUGGACUCAGGGAGUGUCCCAAAAACCACUAAGGAAGACGAGGGACCCCUGAGGCCUGCUCCCCGUCCUGCCGGCCAUGUCGACCUCGGCAUCUCCCCUACCCGCUCCCAGCAUACGCUGGGCCCUCCUGCUCUUGGCCAUCUCUGGGAGUGCUCAGAGUGGAGACUGGGACAGCCCCAGCUGCACCGAGGACGCUGUUUCUGUGUUCAGGGGCAAGCCAGCCAUGAUGGCCUGCAACAUCUCCAACCUCUUCUCCCACAUCAACAUCUCCCUGCGAACCUACCACGGGGAGAGCUGGCAGCUCGUCUUCAGUGUAAAGGCCCCAGGAAACUUCUGCCAGGGUGGAUGGCAGCUCUGGGUUCAAGGGGGCGAGGCGCACCUGACGAUUGAAAAAGCCCAGGACACCCAGGCAGGGCAGUACAGGUGGAGUCUUGUGGGGCUCCAGAGAAACUUCAAAAUCACCACCCUGAACGUCUCAGAGCCCCAAGACACACUCUUCACACCUUCCCAGGGCCCGGAGAUGCUGCUCCCCAAUCUCAAGCCUGACCCCGAAGACAAGAGCCAGGUCCAGGUGGUCCUCCCCAUCCUCGCCCUGGUCGCCCUCUCCGUCCUUCUGGUCUGCUUGCUGGCCUGGUGCAGAAGGUCUGGCUCCCCAAAGUUCUCCAAGCUCCAGCAGGUAUGGGCCCCUGUGCCUGGUCUGUGGGCCGAGCAGGGGGUCUUGGAUGGGGUCUUCUGAGACUCAGCAUGGACACUCAGCCCCAUGGCCUUGUACCCACCGGGGCUAGUGGGAGAGUGGGGAGCGUGCAAGGUCGCAGAGUGCUGGUGCCCCUCCCCCAGAGGACCCCAGCCCACUAUGGCAGUUCCAGGCCCAGAACACAGAUGCCCCACUCCCAGCCAGACCACCGGGUCCCCACUGUCCCCAGGACACCCUGGAGGAUGGCAUGGGGGGAGCUGGACUUCCUGCUCCUUCCAGGAGACCUACGAUGUGUGGGCAGUUGGUGUGUCCUCAGGUGUGCCUGUAGGCACAGGUGUCUGCCGAUGGCUCUCUUCCCUCCCUCCCUCUCUCCCCAGAUAAGGAGGCUCUGAGCCAGAGUGGGGAGUUCUGUGCACCACGCUCUGCACUACACAGAGGGAAAGUGAGGGGAGGACCAGGCCGAGGACUAGGAAGCCUGGCAGCGUCCUGGCCUCUCCCUGACAGGCAAGCCGAGGAGGGCUCUUCAGCAGCUCCUGUGGCCAAAAGUGCAAAAGUUUCAAGUUCCAAAGCACUUGACCCAGCAGGACCCUCCCCCUCCUCUGCUCCAUCCAGGCCUCUUGGCCUGGGCUCCUUCCUGGGGCAGGAGGGCCAUGCUGCUGUCACCUCGGAGACACCCCAGUCUGGGGUCCUGUGUUGAUCGUGGACACCCUCCUGUCUUUGGACUAUGAACAAGAACAAGUUUUGGGGACCCUCCUGCCAGCAGUUGUGGUGCCAGGAUGCGGGGAUCAGGGGCCUGAGAUGGCGCGCGGGCCCCUCUUCCACCACCAGGGGGUAGAGCAGCCCCUCUGGAAGGGAAGCAGGACAGGUGGCUGCUGGGGACCUGUGUCCAGCCCCCUGGUCUCCCCUAGCCCUGGGGCUCCCCUCCCCCGCAUCUGCCCCACCUGCUGGCUCUUCUAGGUCCCAAACCCAUUUAUGCCAGAUGUCUUCAUGAUCAAAACUGUGUAACUCCACUGAGUGUGUUCUUUUUUUUGGCAGGGGUUGGUGGGGUAGGUCUUUUUUCUUCCUUUCCUCUUUUGUUCUCUUCUCUUAUGAUUUGAUGACUGUCUUUAGUGUUGUGUUUGAAUUCCUUUUUCUUUUUUGUGUGUGUAUCUAUUAUAGAUUUUUGGUUUGUGGUUACCAUGAGGUUUUGAUAUAGCAGUC